CUCAUCCUGCUACCACAACCACGCUCUGUCAAGCUGCCUGCCAAGCGCCGUCUGCGGCCCGCAUCGUCCUGCAGAGCCACCGCGCUCGCCCGCCGCUGCGCGCUCUCCAGUCCCGCAGCGCACGCAGCCGGCGGACGCGGCUGAGGCGAGCCGGAGCACCCGCCGCAGCGCGCCUGCCUCGACGCCAUGGGCCAGUUCCGCAACGACGUCACGCACGACUUCCCACUCGCGGCAGAGGAGCUGCUCGACCUGCUGCACGACGUGCGCCGCCUCACGGACGCCAGCUCGCACUUCCGCAGCAUCGAGCAGGACGCACAGGGCACGUGGCACGUCGAGGAGUGGCUGACGCUGGCGCACUGCUGCGUGCGCUUCCUCGUCGACCUCGAGCAGCGCGACAACGGCGCACGCAUCGUGUGCCGCGCGCCCAUGUGGGUCACCGUGGACACGACGUGGACCGUCGAUGCGCUGCCGCCGGCGCCCGACGGCUCGCCGCGCUGCCGCGGCCGCGAGGACUCCACAGUCACCUGCCCGCUCGUCGUGCGCCCCUUUGUCAAGGCGCAGUUCAAGCGCACGCACUCCGAGCUGCCGGCGCGCAUCGUGCGCUACCUCGCAGACGAGCGGCGGCAAAAGGAGGAUGAUGAGAAGCCCGCCUCGCCGACUGCCGCGCCUGCCUAGACCCGCCGCCUGCGCAUGACGCGCGCGCGGCGACGCUGCUGCUCUCCCUGGAUCACCUCUGCCACACCUCACUAAUGCUAUACCUGGACAACGGAGACACGCACAGGCUGUGGGGCCGUGGGAUAGGAGAUACAGAUUGGAUGCAGGCGGUACAAGUACAGUGCUAGAUGGUGCAAGACGGAAAG